GUCUCGUCUCCUCUCUUUGAUUUUCAAGCCACAUUUCGACGGGUCUUGGUCUAAGGAAUUCAUCAACAACAAUCAUACUAACGAUGGACUCUCUAGCCAAUUUCGACAUGACACACCGACGUCUCAAUCAUCUGUCCAUCGAUACGACUGCUUUCCAUGGACCGUCGCCGCUCAUUUCGCCUCCAGAGUCGGCCAAUAGUGCUCGUCGAAGCUCGUAUGAUAUGAGCUUCCACACACCAGCAUCGAUGCCGCAUCCCAACACACCGGUGCACUUCUCCAGUCACGACAUGUACAACGUUGCGCCUACUGAUAAGAUGAAACUGUCAUUCAAUCAGUAUCCUCCGAGUCCUGUCGACUUUAGUCAGAGUCAGCAAAGCUAUGGUACUACUGCAUGCAAGUCUCCUACUUGGAACUUGUCGAUGGCGUUCGAGCAGAAGUCUGGAGUGGACGGCUCUUUCUAUCAGGAAAGCUCAACUCUGCUGUCGACUGACCAAGACUGGAGCAGCUCGACCAUGAGCCACUACCCCAAUGUCGACUAUCUUCCUGACCCGACAUCGUUGUACAUGUUGCCCAGUCAAGAAUCCUCGGCCUCCUUCAUGUCGGACGUUGAUGCUUCUCACCAUGACAAUCUGCCUGCUUUCAUUGCACCUAAUCAGGCAGUCCAUCAGCCUGAGAUGGACUACAACAUGAGUAUCUCUGGUUGGGGCCUUCAGACUCCCGUCCACGACCACAGUGUCCUACACUCCUCCUCGCCCCCUGAAUACUCCCCAAUGACCCCAUCCACUCUUGACUGUUCCUUCGACAACUCUUACGCAAAGAUCGAAGCAUCUCCCUCUGCUUCCCUCUUGAGCCACUCCCGCUCCACCCUCGGCAAAACAGGUCGCAAAAUGUCCAAACUCGACAAACGCCGCUCAAUCUGCAAAAACGUCCCCGUCACCGACUCUGAUACUUCCAUCACCCUCCUCACCGACGAGAAAUCAGAGACCUUCCGUCAAUCCAAGUACAACCCUGACCGCAAAAUGCACGAAUGCGGCUACUGCAAGCAGAAAUUCCAGAGAUCUGAACAUUGCAAACGUCACGAGCAGAGUCACUCCAACGAGCAUCCUUACGCAUGCUACAUUGCCACCGUACCCCUCGACCCCUCGGAUCCAAACAGCACCUGCAAAGUAGGCAAACAAGGCAAAGGCUCCCAAAACCGCCGUGAUAAUUCCCGCUCUCACCAUUGGACACACUUGAAAGCCUGGAUGGCCGCCAACGACCCUUUGGUGCGCGAGCACAAUCGCGCCCAAGGCAAAAGAAACAAAGGUCGUAACGCGGCUGUUGGUCCUGUAAGGUACUACGAAUUGAUUAGGAGUAAAGAUACAGUGCAGCAGCAGGAAAUCGUGUUGAGGUUCUUGAAUCAGGAGGCUGGUAAAGAGUUUGGGGCGCAUGUGCUUUGGGAGGUUGAGGGAUGUCCUGUUGUUGCUUGUAGGGGUGGUGCGGGACAGCCUGGUGGGUGUGGGAUGUGUAGGAGUGCCAAGGGUGGGAGUAAGAAGAAGUGAUCUCAAGAACCUUGA